AUGUUGGCAAGCGUUGCUGUUGCGCCACUCUUCCCUGUGCUCUUCCCUGUGCUCUUCCCUGUGCUCUUCCCUGUGCUCUUCCCUGUGCUCUUCCCUGUGCUCUUCCCUGUGCUCUUCCCUGUGCUCUUCCCUGUGCUCUUCCCUGUGCUCUUCCCUGUGCUCUUCCCUGUGCUCUUCCCUGUGCUCUUCCCUGUGCUCUUCCCUGUGCUCUUCCCUGUGCUCUUCCCUGUGCUCUUCCCUGUGCUCUUCCCUGUGCUCUUCCCUGUGCUCUUCCCUGUGCUCUUCCCUGUGCUCUUCCCUGUGCUCUUCCCUGUGCUCUUCCCUGUGCUCUUCCCUGUGCUCUUCCCUGUGCUCUCACUCUUCCCUGUGCUCUUCCCUGUGCUCUCACUCUUCCCUGUGCUCUUCCCUGUGCUCUUCCCUGUGCUCUUCCCUGUGCUCUUCCCUGUGCUCUCACUCUUCCCUGUGCUCUUCCCUGUGCUCUCACUCUUCCCUGUGCUCUUCCCUGUGCUCUCACUCUUCCCUGUGCUCUUCCCUGUGCUCUUCCCUGUGCUCUUCCCUGUGCUCUUCCCUGUGCUCUCACUCUUCCCUGUGCUCUUCCCUGUGCUCUCACUCUUCCCUGUGCUCUUCCCUGUGCUCUUCCCUGUGCUCUUCCCUGUGCUCUUCCCUGUGCUCUCACUCUUCCCUGUGCUCUUCCCUGUGCUCUCACUCUUCCCUGUGCUCUUCCCUGUGCUCUUCCCUGUGCUCUUCCCUCUUUUCCCUGUGCUCUUCCCUGUGCUCUUCCCUGUGCUCUUCCCUGUGCUCUUCCCUGUGCUCUUCCCUGUGCUCUUCCCUGUGCUCUUCCCUGUGCUCUUCCCUGUGCUCUUCCCUGUGCUCUUCCCUGUGCUCUUCCCUGUGCUCUUCCCUGUGCUCUUCCCUGUGCUCUUCCCUGUGCUCUUCCCUGUGCUCUUCCCUGUGCUCUUCCCUGUGCUCUUCCCUGUGCUCUUCCCUGUGCUCUCACUCUUCCCUGUGCUCUUCCCUGUGCUCUUCCCUGUGCUCUUCCCUGUGCUCUUCCCUGUGCUCUUCCCUGUGCUCUUCCCUGUGCUCUUCCCUGUGCUCUUCCCUGUGCUCUCACUCUUCCCUGUGCUCUUCCCUGUGCUCUUCCCUGUGCUCUCACUCUUCCCUGUGCUCUUCCCUGUGCUCUUCCCUGUGCUCUUCCCUGUGCUCUUCCCUGUGCUCUUCCCUGUGCUCUCACUCUUCCCUGUGCUCUUCCCUGUGCUCUUCCCUGUGCUCUCACUCUUCCCUGUGCUCUUCCCUGUGCUCUUCCCUGUGCUCUCACUCUUCCCUGUGCUCUUCCCUGUGCUCUUCCCUGUGCUCUCACUCUUCCCUGUGCUCUUCCCUGUGCUCUUCCCUGUGCUCUUCCCUGUGCUCUUCCCUGUGCUCUUCCCUGUGCUCUCACUCUUCCCUGUGCUCUUCCCUGUGCUCUUCCCUGUGCUCUUCCCUGUGCUCUUCCCUGUGCUCUCACUCUUCCCUGUGCUCUUCCCUGUGCUCUUCCCUGUGCUCUUCCCUGUGCUCUCACUCUUCCCUGUGCUCUUCCCUGUGCUCUUCCCUGUGCUCUCACUCUUCCCUGUGCUCUUCCCUGUGCUCUUCCCUGUGCUCUUCCCUGUGCUCUUCCCUGUGCUCUUCCCUGUGCUCUUCCCUGUGCUCUUCCCUGUGCUCUCACUCUUCCCUGUGCUCUUCCCUGUGCUCUUCCCUGUGCUCUUCCCUGUGCUCUUCCCUGUGCUCUUCCCUGUGCUCUCACUCUUCCCUGUGCUCUUCCCUGUGCUCUCACUCUUCCCUGUGCUCUUCCCUGUGCUCUUCCCUGUGCUCUUCCCUGUGCUCUUCCCUGUGCUCUUCCCUGUGCUCUCACUCUUCCCUGUGCUCUUCCCUGUGCUCUUCCCUGUGCUCUUCCCUGUGCUCUCACUCUUCCCUGUGCUCUUCCCUGUGCUCUCACUCUUCCCUGUGCUCUUCCCUGUGCUCUCACUCUUCCCUGUGCUCUUCCCUGUGCUCUUCCCUGUGCUCUUCCCUGUGCUCUUCCCUGUGCUCUUCCCUGUGCUCUUCCCUGUGCUCUUCCCUGUGCUCUCACUCUUCCCUGUGCUCUUCCCUGUGCUCUUCCCUGUGCUCUUCCCUGUGCUCUUCCCUGUGCUCUUCCCUGUGCUCUUCCCUGUGCUCUUCCCUGUGCUCUUCCCUGUGCUCUUCCCUGUGCUCUUCCCUGUGCUCUUCCCUGUGCUCUUCCCUGUGCUCUUCCCUGUGCUCUUCCCUGUGCUCUUCCCUGUGCUCUUCCCUGUGCUCUUCCCUGUGCUCUUCCCUGUGCUCUUCCCUGUGCUCUUCCCUGUGCUCUUCCCUGUGCUCUUCCCUGUGCUCUUCCCUGUGCUCUUCCCUGUGCUCUUCCCUGUGCUCUUCCCUGUGCUCUUCCCUGUGCUCUUCCCUGUGCUCUUCCCUGUGCUCUUCCCUGUGCUCUUCCCUGUGCUCUUCCCUGUGCUCUUCCCUGUGCUCUUCCCUGUGCUCUUCCCUGUGCUCUUCCCUGUGCUCUUCCCUGUGCUCUUCCCUGUGCUCUUCCCUGUGCUCUUCCCUGUGCUCUUCCCUGUGCUCUUCCCUGUGCUCUUCCCUGUGCUCUUCCCUGUGCUCUUCCCUGUGCUCUUCCCUGUGCUCUUCCCUGUGCUCUUCCCUGUGCUCUUCCCUGUGCUCUCACUCUUCCCUGUGCUCUUCCCUGUGCUCUCACUCUUCCCUGUGCUCUUCCCUGUGCUCUUCCCUGUGCUCUUCCCUGUGCUCUUCCCUGUGCUCUUCCCUGUGCUCUUCCCUGUGCUCUUCCCUGUGCUCUUCCCUGUGCUCUUCCCUGUGCUCUUCCCUGUGCUCUUCCCUGUGCUCUUCCCUGUGCUCUUCCCUGUGCUCUUCCCUGUGCUCUUCCCUGUGCUCUUCCCUGUGCUCUUCCCUGUGCUCUUCCCUGUGCUCUUCCCUGUGCUCUUCCCUGUGCUCUUCCCUGUGCUCUUCCCUGUGCUCUUCCCUGUGCUCUUCCCUGUGCUCUUCCCUGUGCUCUUCCCUGUGCUCUUCCCUGUGCUCUUCCCUGUGCUCUUCCCUGUGCUCUUCCCUGUGCUCUUCCCUGUGCUCUUCCCUGUGCUCUUCCCUGUGCUCUUCCCUGUGCUCUUCCCUGUGCUCUUCCCUGUGCUCUUCCCUGUGCUCUUCCCUGUGCUCUUCCCUGUGCUCUUCCCUGUGCUCUUCCCUGUGCUCUUCCCUGUGCUCUUCCCUGUGCUCUCACUCUUCCCUGUGCUCUUCCCUGUGCUCUUCCCUGUGCUCUUCCCUGUGCUCUUCCCUGUGCUCUUCCCU